UAAAAUCAAUGUUGUUAUGAAUUAUUGAUCUAUUGAAGGCUACAAUUACUUCACAUUCAAUAUUCCAUUAUACAUUUUUUGGGAGGGAAAUAUUACAUGUUUUUUAUUUGCCCCCAAAAAAUUGUUUAAAAAAAAAAAGAAAAGGAAAUAAGACAUGAAAAAAUCCACUUUAUAUAGACAGAUAGAUAAGAGAAAAUAUCCCCCGCAUGCUCUGAUUGUUGAAUGUGGCCCUCAGGUUUGCUCUAUUGCAACAUACAGUAGUGUCAUUGAAAUACUGCAUUCAAGUUCAACUUGAAUAAUGAUCCAGAGUGCAUGAGAAAGUAGCAGGGAACUUGAGUAUUUCCCUAGUUCUCACUGCAUGUUUUCCACCUUCCACAGUCGGAGACUCUGCACAUCAACCCCCUCCACACUUUAAUCCCCUCCACUAUGUGCGUGUCAUUCGGGGUCAUGCUUCCAGUGGGGAACCCCCCUAACGCCAUCGUCUUCAGCUACGGACACCUGCAGAUCAGCGACAUGGUGAAAGCAGGAUUCGGGGUGAACCUGAUUGGUGUGGCGGUGGUGAUGUUGGCCAUCACCACGUGGGGGGUGCCACUCUUUAAUUUGACCGAGUUCCCAGCCUGGGCCGUGGCCGGCAACGUGACCAGCAGCUUAUAGCGCCCAUCCGCAGCGUUUCUACGGAAGGAAUGGAAGUAAUGUGAAGUGUAUUAGAAUGAUUAGUUUUGUGGGGCCAAUUCAAUAUUUUCAUCAUUGGAUGGAGAUUCUUACUUGCCGUGUGGCGCAUCACAUUUUAUAAGAACACAUGCAACUGUGCCUUUUUUCAGUAAACACUGCGGUACUUUCAAUGCAAGCAUCAUCAAUGUUUAUGCAGAUAUAUAGACAUCAAUGUUUAUGCAGAUAUAUAGACAUCAAUGUUUAUGCAGAUAUAUAGACAUCAAUGUUUAUGCAGAUAUAUAGACAUCAAUGUUUAUGCAGAUAUAUGGACAUCAAUGUUUAUGCAGAUAUAUGGACAUCAAUGUUUAUGCAGAUAUAUAGACAUCAAUGUUUAUGCAGAUAUAUAGACAUCAAUGUUUAUGCAGAUAUAUGGACAUCAAUGUUUAUGCAGAUAUAUGGACAUCAAUGUUUAUGCAGAUAUAUAGACAUCAAUGUUUAUGCAGAUAUAUAGACAUCAAUGUUUAUGCAGAUAUAUAUACAUCAAUGUUUAUGCAGAUAUAUGGACAUCAAUGUUUAUGCAGAUAUAUGGACAUCAAUGUUUAUGCAGAUAUAUGGACAUCAAUGUUUAUGCAGAUAUAUAGACAUCAAUGUUUAUGCAGAUAUAUAGACAUCAAUGUUUAUGCAGAUAUAUAGACAUCAAUGUUUAUGCAGAUAAAUAGACAUCAAUGUUUAUGCAGAUAUAUAGACAUCAAUGUUUAUGCAGAUAUAUAGACAUCAAUGUUUAUGCAGAUAUAUGGACAUCAAUGUUUAUGCAGAUAUAUGGACAUCAAUGUUUAUGCAGAUAUAUGGACAUCAAUGUUUAUGCAGAUAUAUAGACAUCAAUGUUUAUGCAGAUAUAUAGACAUCAAUGUUUAUGCAGAUAAAUAGACAUCAAUGUUUAUGCAGAUAUAUGGACAUCAAUGUUUAUGCAGAUAUAUAGACAUCAAUGUUUAUGCAGAUAAAUAGACAUCAAUGUUUAUGCAGAUAUAUGGACAUCAAUGUUUAUGCAGAUAUAUAGACAUCAAUGUUUAUGCAGAUAUAUGGACAUCAAUGUUUAUGCAGAUAUAUGGACAUCAAUGUUUAUGCAGAUAUAUGGACAUCAAUGUUUAUGCAGAUAUAUAGACAUCAAUGUUUAUGCAGAUAUAUAGACAUCAAUGUUUAUGCAGAUAAAUAGACAUCAAUGUUUAUGCAGAUAUAUAGACAUCAAUGUUUAUGCAGAUAUAUAGACAUCAAUGUUUAUGCAGAUAUAUGGACAUCAAUGUUUAUGCAGAUAUAUGGACAUCAAUGUUUAUGCAGAUAUAUGGACAUCAAUGUUUAUGCAGAUAUAUAGACAUCAAUGUUUAUGCAGAUAUAUAGACAUCAAUGUUUAUGCAGAUAUAUGGACAUCAAUGUUUAUGCAGAUAUAUAGACAUCAAUGUUUAUGCAGAUAAAUAGACAUCAAUGUUUAUGCAGAUAUAUGGACAUCAAUGUUUAUGCAGAUAUAUAGACAUCAAUGUUUAUGCAGAUAUAUGGACAUCAAUGUUUAUGCAGAUAUAUAGACAUCAAUGUUUAUGCAGAUAUAUAGACAUCAAUGUUUAUGCAGAUAUAUAGACAUCAAUGUUUAUGCAGAUAUAUAGACAUCAAUGUUUAUGCAGAUAUAUGGACAUCAAUGUUUAUGCAGAUAUAUAGACAUCAAUGUUUAUGCAGAUAUAUGGACAUCAAUGUUUAUGCAGAAAUAUAGACAUCAAUGUUUAUGCAGAUAUAUAGACAUCAAUGUUUAUGCAGAUAUA